AGGCGGUCUGAGGGGUAGGUGAUGGCGGCGGCUGGGAAGGAUGUGGGGGUGCCGCCGCGCCGGCUUCGGGCCUGAGGGCGGAUGAGAGCGCGGUCCCGUCGGCGCUGCCGCUGCCCCUGCCCGGAGUUUGUAGGUCCCUUCUCAGAUGGGGUUGUGGACCGCCUUGUUUAGUCUGGAGCAGAGGAGGCGCAGGGGGGACCUUACCGCUCUCUACAACUACGUGACGGGAGGAAGGAGCCAGGAGGUCGCUGGUCUCUUCUCCCAGAGAGUAUUUUGGGUAUUCUACUGAAGCCAAAGUGGGAAAACUGCACGUAAUACAUAAAUAAUACGAAUUGAGAUUGAUCAUGAAGACCUUUUGUGGAAGAGCUAAUCCAACCACUGGUGCAAUGGAGUGGUUAGAAGAGGAUGAGAACUAUGACUACCAUCAGGAAAUUGCACGGUCACGCUAUGCAGAUAUGCUUCAUGAUAAAGACAGAAAUGAGAAAUAUUACCAAGGUAUUCGUGCUGCAGUGAGCAGAGUAAAAGAAAGAGGUGAGAAAGCAAUUGUUCUGGACAUAGGGACUGGCACAGGACUCCUGUCUAUGAUGGCAGCUUCAGCAGGUGCAGAUUUCUGCUACGCAGUUGAGGUUUUCAAGCCCAUGGCUAAUGCUGCUGUGAAGAUAGUGGAGAAAAAUGGUUUUCGUGAUAAGAUCAAGGUAAUCAACAAGCACUCCACUGAAGUCACAGUUGGUCCAGAUGGAGAUAUGCAACAUCGUGCAAACAUCCUGGUAACAGAACUGUUUGAUACAGAGCUGAUAGGAGAAGGGGCUUUACCAACAUAUGAGCAUGCACACAAGUAUCUUGUGCAGGAAGGAUGCGAGGCAGUGCCUCACAGGGCCACAGUGUAUGUCCAAUUAGUGGAAUCCAAAAGAAUGUGGGCCUGGAACAAACUGUUUCCUGUUCAUGUCGAAGCAGAGGAUGGUGAAAAAAUUAUUGUCUCCCCUUCAGAAAUGGAGAACUGUCCAGGUGUUCCUUCUGUUUGUGAUAUCCAACUGAACCAGAUGCCUUCAAGUGACUUCACUGUCCUUAGUGAUGUGGUAACAAUGUUCAGUGUGGAUUUCAGUAAGCCAGUAAGGAGUGCUUCUACCUGCUAUAGAGUGCAGCUGGAGCCUGUAAAAUCUGGCAAGGCACAGAUCGUACUUUCCUGGUGGGAUAUUGACAUGGACCCGUCUGGGAUGAUAAAUUGCACAAUGGCUCCAUACUGGGUAAAACCCACUUCCUCUUUCCAGUGGCGAGAUCACUGGAUGCAGUGUGUAUAUUUUCUUCCAAAUGAGGAUCCAGUUCUCCAGGGUGAGAAGUUGUGCCUGACUGCCAGUCGUGAUGAGUACUCUUUGUGGUAUAAGCUGCAGAAAGCCAGAGGAGAAGAGGAGAACAAAUCAGAUGUUCGUGUUGAGAGUCCUGUUUGUAGAUGCCAGGCUCAUCUUCUUUGGAAUAGACCACGCUUUGGGCAAUUAAAUGAUAAGAGCCGAACACGCCAAUAUAUCAAGUCUCUGAUGAAGGUUCUGAAAGCAGAUAGUGUUUGCCUUUGUAUUAGUGAUGGCAGUCUGCUGCCUGUACUGGCUCACUAUCUUGGAGCAAAGCAGGUAUUUACAUUAGAGAACUCUGCUGUGUCCUAUUCUGUCAUGGAGAAAUUUUUUAAAGCAAAUCAUCUUGAAGAUAAAAUUAAAAUAAUAGAAGCACGUCCUGAGUUGCUGGCAUCUUCUCAUUUGGAAGAUAAAAAGAUUUCUGUUCUUGUGGGAGAGCCGUUUUUUACUACAAGUUUGUUGCCAUGGCAUAACCUGUACUUCUGGUAUGCCAGAACAGCUGUGACCAGUCACCUUACCAGCGAUGUCACUAUUCUACCUCAGUCUGCUUCUUUGCACAUGAUGAUUGUGGAGUUUCAGGACUUGUGGAGAAUCCGGAGCCCAUGUGGCACCUGUGAAGGUUUUGAUGUCCAGAUUAUGGAUGAUAUGAUUAACAAUUCUCUGAAUUUUAGGGAAUCCAAGGAAGCAGAACCUCAUCCUCUGUGGGAAUAUCCUUGCAAGUCACUCUCUGACCCCCAAGAAAUUUUGACAUUUGACUUCAGAAAGACCGUACCACAACACUGUCUCAGCACAGAGGGUUCUGUAAAUCUUUUACGGAAAGGAAAGAGCCAUGGAGCAGUUCUGUGGAUGGAAUAUCAUCUUGCUGCUGAUAUCUCCAUUAGUACAGGACUGGUGCAAAUUUCAAAUGAAAAGGGAAACUGUGAGUGGAAUCCCCACUGCAAGCAAGCUGUCUAUUUCUUCAGUUCUGUUACUGAAUCAGAAACUCUGUCAGACCUUCCUAGUGCUGUCACGUAUGCUAUAAAUUUCGACACAAAGACAGGAGAGAUUGCCAUGGAUUUUAAGCUAUUGUAAAAUAGCUUAAAAUUUGAAUUACUUUCCUUUUAUUCAUGUUCCCAAAUUGUAAUAAACUUGUGUUUUUGUUGUAUGGCAGAGGGAUUUUAUUUGUUGUGCUCAGAGAGCAAACUGAUUGUUCUGAAAUACACUUUAAACCUUUUUGGGUUUGUUUGCAAGAUAGAUAGUUGGGGAAGUAGAAAGGAACUUUUUCGUAAGGACAAGUAUUCCUGACAGGAAUUCCUGUCAAGGUUUACAUACAUAUAUAUAUACAUAUACUUGUUAUCAUAUGCUUCAGUGUGAAACUGGUAUUUUGGGAUUUUGAAUAAUGUUAUGGAGCUACAAAAGAGUUGACUUCCUCGUUGCUGCAUGGUAUAUCAGUGGAUGAAAACACUGAACCUUACACUAACAUUAAAGUGAGUUAAACACAUCUAUUUCUAGGCUUUGCUCUUGUCACUGUAAAAUGGGAAAUAAUCUUCAGAGUGCACAAAAAGAAAUGCCAGGUCAAGCUACAUAUCUGUAUUAGUGCACUUAGUAGGGAGAAGGAAACAGUUUAGCUGCUCGCCAUAACUUGUGUCAGUUAUGGCUAGUAUUAAACUGAAAUGGUCAGUGAAUUAAAGUAUGAUACACUGAUGUUCUGUUGGAGUCUGAGAUGCUGCAUUUCUGAAGAGACAUUUGCCAGACAGUGACUAAAGUCAGGAAAGGUGUAACUAGAAAUUAAAAAAUGUACAUAUUCAGGUUAAUUGGAAGUGACAAAUUGAUGGUAGUCUGACCAGAAACAAAAGAAAAAGUCAUAGUGUAAAAAAGCUUACCAAUCUUUAGGAGGUACAUAGUAUGCGUUAUCCGGUCAAAAAUGUCGACUUUCACUCAUUCCUCCAGAGGUCUAAAUGAUACCUGCCAGUUUAGCUGAGUUGUACUGUUGUUUGGCAGCAGCACAUGUCUGCAGCUGAGGUUUACAUAGUUGUAUUCCAAAUCAUGUUGGGAGAAGUUGUGAUGUGUGACAAUGUGUGUGCGAUUAAUUCUGCUUUAGAUGAACAAUCAAUUGGUGGGUCUGUUUUGUAUGUGUGACCUAUUAAGAGAAAUAGAAAAUCAUUAUAUUGCCUGUCCUAAGUUAUGUCAGCCAGCCAGAGGCAUAGCUGUGCUUACCAAAGCUACUCCUGUUUCCUCUGAGCAGCAACUUCAGCAAAGUGAGAGGGAUGCCAUAAAGAAGCCAUAAGGGAGUGGGAGCUUACUCUGCUUUGCUUUCCUGGUCACCAUGAAACAUAGUGCUGGUGAGUAGGAAUUUUUCCUCUUUGUCUUCCUAAGCGUGUGAUCACAUUUAUAGACCUGGAAGCCAUCUGAAAUACUCCUAAAUUUCUUGGAACUAUUUUCCUGAUGAAGGUCUUCACACUUAAUGGAUGUAAGGAAGCAAUGAAAUACAUGACUAAUGGUUUUCACUAGAACAGGAACCCUGCAGCUCCUAUGGAGAUGUGUGGAUUUCACUUUUCAAAACUGUACUCUUGUUUCUUACAAACUUUGCUGGAAUAUGUAGGCUACUGUUAAUUAAACAAUUGUUUCUAAUUUUGCUACCCUGUGCCUAGUCCACAGAAAGUAUGGUGGCAGAUCUGUUCAUUUUAUUUUGGGAACGUAAGCCGUGCAAUUGUAAAGGGAACGAUAAUAUGGCCAAGUCUUUUUAAAUGGUAGAGGCUUUUUAAAUUUGUUUUAUAAACUAAAAAAAAAAAAAA